CUAUAUUUUUAAAGAUAAGCUUAUUUGUGAGUAUACUAUAAGUUCUUGUUCUACAAGGGUAGGCAAUUUCGUCAUUAAUUCAAACUUUUGUUUUAUUGGAUUCUUUACAAAAACCCAAUUACGGAAGGCUAAAAUGAUUUUCCGGCAAAGGUGAUUGGCUGAUGCUGUGAAGGGAGGCCGAAGCCCCAUUUGGGAUCCAUGUCCCCGGAAAUCCUGGGAGCGACCAUGCACAUUUCCUCCGCGGGCAGGUUCGUCCUCCAUCGGCCGCUACAGUCAUGCAUCAUUUACCAUAGCCUCCUCUUAUCUCCAAUAUCGUGCACCAAUAGAUCCAGUCUGAGUGACGGGAUCGAAGCCUCGUACAGAGCAACUAUUUACCAUUGGCCCUCUAACUAUGGAAUCAGACACGGCUUUGUAGAUACGGACCUUCACUUUCCUCUUGUGCCAUUAGAAGUUUUGGUGGCGCCACGGGAUGUCUGGGAAUGCACAGUUAACUUCGUGGGAUUGUUUGAUAUGAUCGUUCCGACCGUAUCGCUCAUUCCCAUGAAGGAAGGGAAUGCCCCUUGCAUGUUGAAGGAUAUCGGCUGGAGGGAACUAGCAGUCGUUGAACAGGUAGGCUCGCACCUGGCACGCCGGAUGGCCAGCCAACUGUUGCCAAUGAUUAGAAGACCGUAG